AUGCUUUGGACGGAACCUGCCGGCCAGAUGAACCCUGGAAAGACCCGCAACUCAACCCACUUCAGUACUGUGCAAUAUGGUGAGACGGCUUUUAGUGAAAUACGCCGUUUCGUCGUUGUCCGUAACAAGGGCGAAUUCAGUCAGUGCAUAGGUCGCGGCGCCGCGAAACCCGGUGUGAGGAUGGGUGAUCACGGCAUCAUUCAUACUACGGUAGCCGCACCUAAUCAACUUCCAGGAGAGGCUUUAACAAAAUAUUCCAUCCAAGUCCAAUCCACGGAAGGAGAAUACCUUGAGCUGGAGAGUCGCGUCAAUUACGGCAAGGCAUACGCUGUUGAGCACAACGUCAAGGUGCUUGACGUAGGGAUGGUGAUACAAGAUCACCGCUAUCUCAUUAAAGAAUACUUUGAUGCUGCGAUGCAGGCAGAAUGA